AUGUCGGUUUCGUCGUCGCUGUCCAACUUCCUGCUCUGCUGCUUCUACCCGUCCGCCGGCCACCGCCACGGGCACCGCGGCGGCGCGUACUACUACAGCAGCCACCCGACGAGCACCAACACCCUGUACUACCACGAGGGCCCCUUCGCCGGGCGCAGGAUGGGCCGGAGCAGCAGGCCGCUGUCGCUGCAGACGGUGGAGCUGAAGGUGCGGAUGUGCUGCUCGGGUUGCGAGCGGGUGGUGAAGCACGCGGUGAGUCGGCUGCGCGGGGUGGACUCGGUGGAGGUGGACGUGGAGAUGGAGAAGGUGACGGUGACGGGGUACGUGGACCGGCACCGGGUGCUCAAGGAGGUCCGCCGCGCCGGGAAGAAGGCGGAGUUCUGGCCCAACCCGGACCUGCCGCUGCACUUCACCUGCGCCAAGGACUACUUCCACGACGAGGAGUCGUACCGCCGCACCUACAACUACUACCGCCACGGCUACAACGGCGACAAGCACGGGCAGCUCCACGAGCCACACCGCGGCGCCGACCCCGUCAGCAACAUGUUCAACGACGACGACGUCAACGCCUGCUCCAUCAUGUAG